AACGUUUAGCAACCAGAUGCCAACACAUUAACCUACAAUCGAUCUGAGACCACCCUAUGCAGCUACGCAGUUCCGGUUAAACGUCAAAUUCGGGCUGUUUUUUAGCAGCGGAACACAGACCGGACUGACUGGUCUACAACAGAAGCAGACCCUUCCAGGGAACAGGCUGCAAAAAUGUCUUUCAUAUUUGAUUGGCUGUACAGAGGAUUCAGCAGUGUGUUACAAUUAUUAGGACUAUAUAAAAAGUCCGGGAAAUUAGUUUUUCUCGGAUUAGACAAUGCUGGGAAAACAACAUUAUUGCACAUGCUUAAAGAUGAUCGACUUGGGCAACAUGUUCCAACACUUCACCCUACAUCUGAAGAACUGACUAUUGCUGGGAUGACUUUCACAACAUUUGACCUGGGUGGACAUGCUCAAGCAAGAAGGGUUUGGAGGAAUUAUCUUCCGGCAAUAAAUGGGAUAGUGUAUCUUGUUGACUGUGCUGAUCAUGAACGCCUACUAGAAGCCAAAAUUGAGUUGGAUGCCCUCUUAACUGAUGAAACCAUCUCCAAUGUGCCAAUCCUUAUUUUGGGAAAUAAAAUCGACCGUCCAGAAGCAAUUAGUGAGGACGCACUGAGAGGAAUGUUUGGACUUUAUGGACACACCACAGGAAAGGGGAAUGUAUCCCUAAAAGAACUCAAUCUGAGGCCAAUGGAAGUCUUUAUGUGCAGUGUGUUGAAGAGACAAGGAUAUGGUGAAGGUUUUCGAUGGCUUUCUCAAUAUAUUGAUUAACAUAGAGUGUUUAUUAAACCAAAAUCCUGUUUAUCCUUAUUUAUUAAUUCAUUAUUUAUCUUACAAUAAAAACUUGUAACCAGGGGUGUUAUAUAUUAUUGGAGCCUAUAAAAUUCAGUGUGGUGAUAGAGAAGUAUCUAAGAUAUGCAUUCAUUCAAGCUACAGUAGCAAUUACUUAUGCAAGUCAUGUUUACCUUAGCAGUAAUUUAUGCUGUUUCCUUUUCUAAAAGCAGGGAUAGAAAUACAGUUUGUUUAAACAGUUGACUGAGCUGGGUUAUUUUAAGAGAUGGCAUCAAGUUCCAAAAGACUUUUUUCAAUCCAGUGUCAAUAUUAUACCACGCGAAAGGUAAACAUACCGUCGAACAUGUGAAUGUGAAGGAUUUUAAUCAGGUGAACAUCACUCGUGCUGUGAUGAUUCCGAUGUGAAAUCAUCAGAUUAUACAGAAUCAGUGUUUUUGUUUUCAUGUUACAUUACCUCAGUGCCUUAAUGUUGGUGGGUUUUCCUAGUUCUGUAUUUCCCACCUGUUCAAAGAAAAAACGUCUGAAGUGAUUUAGUGUGGAUUGCCAAUGUAUACAUGCUUGCUUAUCAAAAUGACCUGAGAUUUAAAAUGAAAUAUUUCUAAAAGUACAAAUGUUUGAUCUGUAUGUAGUAUUUUGAUACAUUUAAGACUGUGCUUAUGUAGCACUCAGUGCCAGUGAUGUGUCUACAUUAGCCUGUUUCAACACUAAACUACCUGGCUGUGCAAUGAGUACUUUUUGACUGUCAUCUGUGACUUAUUUGCAGUUAUGGCAUGAAAGUACAUAGGCUUUUUAAUUCAUGAAUUCAAUAUAUGCCUGUGCAAUAGAAAAUGUGUCAUAUUACUAGGUCACUUUUACCCUUGUAAAUAGGCUUAUGUUUGCUUAUCUUUCAAAAUGGCUAAUUAUGUACAUGCCACCUGUAGCACUUUGCAUUUAUUCACUGAAGCAACAAAAAUAAAGAUAUUUUGAAUUUGC